AUGGUGCGCUCGGGCGGAGCGGCCCCAGCGCUGCUGCUCCCGGGGCGCGCCGGGCACCGCGGGCUGCGCGGCCGGGCCGCCAGCGCCCCGCCAGGGGGCGGGGCCGAGCCCGGGGGGCGGGACCCAGCCGCCACAGGGGCGGGGCCCGGCGGGGAGGGGCGGGGCUCGGCCGGGGCAGCGCCGCCUCAGCGUCCGGCCGGGGGGCGGGUCCUGAGCAGGGCAGGGGCGGGGCGUGGACAGCGGCGGUCCCGCCAGUCGCUGUCUCCGCAGCUGGCGGAGGAUUACUGGGAGCUGACAGCAAACGCCGCCGAUCCCCGGAAAGGCCUGUUUGCCCAGGAGCACAGCUCUGGAUUUGAGGCUCCUUGUGGAGAAGGUGCCACCACACAGAGCCACACCCUGUCCAGCGUGCCAGCACUUGUGGAUUUAAGUGAGGAGAAAGAUCACAAGGCUCAGACAGAAUAUCCUCCAGAACACAGCCCUAAAGCAGCAAUUUCCUCUGUGGAGCCCAUGCACUCCUGGUGGAAGAUAGCGGCGGUGAAGUGCAGCGUUCUCUCCUUGCUGGCGGUUUACGCCAAGGACUCGGAGCUGGAGUCGGACAGCAAGGAGAAGGUGUCCCCUGGAGCAGCCACCAGACAGGAAGGAGGCCUGGUGUCACCUGGAUACGGAGCAGAUGACUUUACCUGCCUGGAUGGGGAUGAGGAAGGGUACAAAGAGGAGGGUGAUGGGAACAACAGGAAGUCAGAUGGCGAUUCACAGACCGAAAAACCUGAGGCUGGUGACCUAAACGAGCUCCGGGAAGUGGAGGAAAGAGAUCCUCAGGAACUGUUUGCCUCUUUUUCAGAGAGAUUGCGGAGCAUGUCUCCAGAUGAGAUCAAAAUCCCUCCAGAGCCUCCUGGCAGAUGUUCUAACCAACUGCAGGAUAAAAUUGAAAAGCUGUAUGAGAUGAAAAUGAAAGGGUGCAUGGAUAUGAACUACAUCAUCCAGAAGAAAAAGGCGUAUCACAACCCCAGUAUCUACGAAAAGCUGAUCCAGUUUUGUUCCAUUGAUGAAAUAGGCACAAAUUACCCAAAGGACGUGUUUGAUCCUCACAGCUGGUCAGAGGAUUCUUAUUAUGAAGCAUUAGCUAAAGCCCAGAAGAUUGAGAUGGACAAAUGGAAGAAGGCCAAGAAAGAAUGUACAAAGAUUGAAUUUGUGACUGGCACUAAAAAAGGUACAACAACAAGCGCUGCUUCCACAACCACCACAACAUCCAGCACCACUGCAGGAGAUGCCCAGAAGAGGAGGAGGAGGAAGAGCACUACCACUGGGUUCCCCAAGGACAAGAGCUCCAAAACCACCACAGGACCUCCAGAGAAGGACCGGAUCUUUCUACAGGAUCACCUCUUCGACAGAACCACAUCCAUCACUCCAACAGGACUGCAGCCAACAUUUAAUGGCACUGCUACCACCACCCUGACCACCAGGGUGUCAGGUGGUAUUCCCACUCUGUCAGCCUAA